AUGGGACUAUUAGAUUUUGCACCUGAAUACAUUGUUAGUAGUCUCUCGGCCAUUGCAAUUAUGGGAGAUUCGCCCUAUGAUUUCUGCGAAAGAGGUGAAAAAGAAUCUUGCUGUUUAUUUUGGCUUUCAGCCAAUUAUUUUAAGUUAAAAAACAACGAAGACUCAAAUGACAAAGGAACAGACCGUCAUCCAAAAUACAGACCUUUUGGAUUUUAUGCAAUGAAACUGAAAAAUAAAAAAGAUAUAAUGGAAUACGUAAAACAAUGCACAGCAAAAUUACCCAUGCUAGAAAGAGUUUCUUUAUUGAUUACAUCAUACUACAUAAUAGUUGGUGUAAAGGAAGGAUUUUCCAUGAUAAAAGGAACGGUCGUUUGUAAGCAUUGGGCAUAUUUGUCUUUUUUAUUUUCCUGGACCCUUAUUUCAAUUUGGAAAAGAGGAAUAUACGGGAUUCAAGUAGUUAAAGAUCCUAAAGAUGUUUUUAAAAAAAAUAUAGAAAUUAUUGUGGAUGACAAUCCUAUAGGUGAAUUUCCAUUUCGAAAAUGUGCGACCGUCACGAUAACUGCUUUAUUAUCAAUAGUUUAUCCUUGGGGGACCGUACUUAUUGUCUACUUUACACCCCCGGUUGGAUAUUAUUGUCGCAGCAAAUAUGUAACAGUAAUCUGCUCCAUCUGGUCAUUUAACAGUGCUUUGGCUUAUAUUUACCAUAUAAAAGGAGAAAGUGAUUUAAUAAUGUCUGAGGAAAGUGAUUUAAUCGUGUCAGGGAAUGGGUGGUUACAUGUUUGGUUUUGCACGUCUGGUUUUAUAGUGGCAAUUCUCGUGUUAUUUAUAGGAAUUUUUACCGGUUACGAUUUUGAACAAGAUAAACAAAAUCAAAAUGAAUCAGAUAAAUCUAGUGAAGAAGAUAAUUAUAACAAUAGUAAUGAAGACUUAUCUCAAUCUCGUCGAAUUUCAUCAACAUGGAAGUAUUCUAAUGAUCAAACAUCUCAAUAUUCAGAACGUCCAGUUUGUUGCAAAUGUCAAAGUGUUUUUGGAAAAGAUACUGGUAUUUCAACUUUAAAAUGA